AUGAGCAAACAUACAGCCGCGUUGGUUGUUGGCAUUCUUGUUGUUAUAUUGUCUAUUAUACAUUUGGGCGUCGGAAUUGGUCUUACAGCUAGGUAUAGCAAAUAUAAGAGCGUUCUGCAAUUAUCAUAUGGUUUGGCCGCUUAUAAUAUCGUCAUCGGAUUCUUUGGAUUAGCUGUCGGCGCACUUGCUGUAUUUGCUGUAUUGAAACGAAAUACUAAAUUAUGUCGACCAUUGGCAAUUUUGUGUUUAGCGUUGGGUAUUGCAACAAUUGCUUCGUUUAUUACAGGACUAGUUAUCAAUUCUCAAUCGAUUGAUGAUAUCAAAGACCGGUUAACAUAUCGCAUGUCAACUUAUAAUUCAAAUCAAGAUUCGAUCACUAUUUUUGAUGGGAUUCAAACAGAUUACGAGUGUUGUGGUGUUAACUUAUGGCUUGAUUGGUCCAGUGUACAACUGGGCGUAACAAGUGCGACAGGAACGAGCUUUGGUCGUCGUCGUCGUGAAAAAAGUGCACAAUUAUCUGCAAUAAUAAAGUCUCUAAAGCGAAGUCCUCGACGAAGACGACAAGUAGUAACAUCAGGGUCUAACAUAUAUAAUCUUCCUAGUGUAUUCGGCUUUAAACUACCACUAUCUUGUUGUACAAACGGAGGAUCAUCUGAUGGCACUUCUCUUGGUGGAUAUUGUCAGUACAAUACUAGUUUAAGUACAGAUAACUUUUACGUUGAAGGUUGUUUACCCUAUGUGGCGAAUGUUUCGGUUUCUCAAGUGACAGGCAUUGUAGUCAUAAACACAUGUCUCAGUAUUCUUGCCGUCGUUUUUCUUAUUUUGCUUUUGACAAUAACUCCAGUUCCUGAUCCGAAUGAUCCAAAUAACAAACAAUUACAACAGAACGAAGCUGGUCAACAACAACAACAACCACCACAGCAACAGAUGCAAAUGCAGUAUCAACCGCAAGCACCGCUUCAAUAUCAACAAACACAGCAAUUACCAUACACGUUGCAACAACAGCAAUAUCAAUAUGGACAACCUAAUCAAGGAUACUACAUGGACAGCAGUGCUCCUGCGUAUUACUAUGGUGGUAACCCACCAGCGUAUUCGGGUUACUAG